AUGUCGUCAUUUGGGCCGUCCCCUCGCGUCUCUCCCCUUUCGAGUGGAGCCCAGGAAACUGAGAAAGAGAACUUCCCUGCCGCCACGCAAGUCCGCCCUGCUGGGGCUACGCGCGAGCCAACUCCGGUAUUCACGCAGGCCGACAGAAAGCUCUCCGCCAUGAGCGCAGCCCAGGAGGGUGACGAACUCUGCGUCUCGAUAUAUGUGGACCGUGAAGAGGAAGCACAGGCCGCCUCGCAGGCCCUAAACGGCAGACAGCAGCGCGCGCCGCGAGCGCGUGCGGGGCCUCGUGGGCUCAAACCCAGGUGCCUCCCGAAGAUGCCGUGCUACCCAUCCAGCGUGAAGGCAGGCGUCACCAGCUCUUCGCCCGCCAGCAGGGGAGGGGAGAACGGCAGAGAGUCGCAGGGAGUAACCGCGUCGCUUCCCCUGAGUGCACCAAACCCCGCACCCCCCCGUGGCGUGCUGACGCCUGCCGCCUUCCUCAACGGCGCGAGGGCCCAGAAAGAGACCGACUCGCCGUCGUCGCAGUCGUUCGAGCCUCGGCUGCGAGAUUCUCUCUCGCCGAGCGAUGGAGGGGCCGGCGGAAAAGAGAAUAUUUCGGCAAAGGCAGCAGACGCCUCGGCGUCGGCGCACGGGCGUGCGCCACACGCAGUUACGGCCGCAGGAGGAGGUGGAGGUGGGGUGGAGGCCCCCGCGGCAGGUCAGGAAGUUCAAGGCGUUCUGCAGGCACUGAGGACGCAGGAAGAAGGGCGGCUCGCGCCCCCGCAGCCCAACACUCCCGCCGUGAGCAGUCUUCCGACAGAGGGAAAAAGCGGCGGACCCUCGCCAGCCGACAGUGCGUCUGUCCGCGAGCAUGUCGCCGCUGUGCUUCCACUCCACCUCGGCAGAGAGAAGCAGCUGACUUCUCCUUUUGCCGGCGACGCCAAGGCGCUCUCAGACGCCGCCAGCGCGCGGCCGCCGCCAGAGAUGCCGCCCCCUUCAGCUGCUGACCCUGCGACUGGAACAGUUGGAGGAGAAAACUUUCUUCUCCACGCCGCAUCUGAGGAUCCGAGGCCUCCAGAGCCGAGCGCGGAAGUCGCCCCAGGGGCUAGGGAGGCUGCAACAGCCAGGGAAACGCCGUCGAGCGCAGGAGGCACGAACCACGAACAAGCGGAACCGACAGGAACGCAGGCGCCGCGGCAGCGAGGAGCCUUCCCCGUCGAAGAGGAAGAGGAGGACGACGACGUUCCUGAUCUGUUCAUGCGCGCCACGUCAACGGUCGCGCGCAGACGCCAGGGAUGGCCUUCUCACCUCUCGCUCCAAGAGAAGCUGCGUCACCUGCUGGCGGCGGCUGCUGCAGGCGGCAGUUUCCGUCGCGUUCUAGCAGGCUCGUUUGUAUCCAGUGCCUUGCCGUCUUCAACAGCCGCAGCGCCUGCCUCACCCUCCUCCCCUUCUGCCUCUCCUUCCGCUGCUCCGCCCCCCUGCGACGGCGCCGCGGUCGCUCACGCGCCGAAGCCCGCGAAGGCGAAGCGCCGAAGAAGCGCCGCGCCCAAACCGCGCGCGCCGCAGUUUGCCGAGGUGGCGGACUUUUCAAAUUCUGCGGCGGAGGCGGCGCGCCCCUCGGGCGCUGAGGGCGAGGCCUUCGAAGCGAGGAAGCGAAGGAGAGAAGACAGCGAAGGGCCUGGAGGCCGCCCCCUGCGCCACCCAGAGCCGAACAUGGACAUCCCGCGCUCAGAUUUUUCUGCAGAGGCCUCGAACGCCCUGCCUAUCGUGGAGGGCGGGGAGGAGGAGGCGGACGGCGGAGGCGCGAGGGGAGACGACGACGAGAGCGGAGAUGGAGUCGAGGACGAACCGCGCGACGUAGGGAACGACAUUUGCCAACCGACCGCGUGCGAGCCUCGCCGCCGCGCUGGCGGGGAGGUGGAGGAGCGCGAAGAGGGCGACGAGGAUAAGUGUUUUUCUCUCGAGGACUGCUUUGACGAAUACACCAGCGUGUCGCUCGCCGCCGUGAGACGCGACGCCGACCGCAUCGCAAAGUACCAGGAGGCCCUAAGCGUCGUUCCCCUCGGCCGCCGCGCGUGUUCGCCGCGGUUGAGCAGCCUCGCGGAUCUUCGGCGAUGCAGGCAGAGUGGACCUUUGUCUUGCCGCUCGCAGAGCUCAGUUCGCCGGUUGCAGGGGUCAGCUGUCGCGUCCUCUCUUUCGCCGGUGCCUCCGCCGCUUCAUCAGCUGUGUGACUCUUCCUCGCAUUCUCCCCCGCACCCGUUUUUCGGAGGGCGAUGCUCAUCUCUUGCGCCGCGGCGCUCUCCCCCGCCUCCUCCCUCUUCGCUGCUCGCUCGUUCGGCUUGUGCUUUUUCUCCCUCGUCGUUUUCUUCCUCUGCUGCUUCGUCACUGGGCUCGGCGUGCUGGGGUGAAGCGGAGGCCGGUGUGGAGGCGCUGCGCGCGAGGCUCCAGCGGCGCCUGGAGAGCUUGCGGAGGAAAAAGACCUUUCUCUCUCACGCUGUCGUCUUCUCGGAGGACACGGUGCUGCGGCUGCCGCUGACUCUGACCUCGCUCGGCGUGCAAAACAUCCACCUGGUCGCGGUCGACGCAGACGCCGCCGAGCAUGCGAAGCGCCUGGCGGCGACCUUCUCCGUCGACUCGCACAUUGAGGUUUUUUCCGGGUUAGAGGCUCUCUACACGCACUGGACUGACCUCCGGGCGAAGUGUUUCGCCUUUUACUUGGGCGAGGAGGAUCGCGAAGAAGCCGCCGUUUGCUCAGUCCUGCCCGCGUCCCCCUCCGCGGGGGGUCCGCCGCCUUCUGCUUUCGAGGCGUCGUCGCCUUCGGCCCGCGUGCCCUCUGCGCAGACGUCUCCCCGCUCCCCGUCUUCGGCGUCGUCUUCUGGAGGGUCGUCUGAGGAGGUGGAGGCGCGAGCCUGGAGGGCGUGGGCGAUGCGGCGCCUCGUCGAGGAGUUCUGGGUGUACGUGCACCUCCACAGAUACCGAGUCGCCGUCAUCGACGACGGCAGCCACCUCGCGCACAUUGCGUCUGCGAAGGGCGUGGAGUUGCUUAGCUCGUUCGUCAGGCGGAACUCUUGUCCGUCUUGCACCUGCAUUCUGCCUCGUCGCGUUCGGACGUGGGUGACGCUGUCCUGUUUCCCUCCUCCGCAUCUGCUGCUCUCCGCGGCCGCGACGCCGUCUGCGUCGCUCUCCUUGCCCGGGAAGCUCUUCCCUCCUCCGCUGUCUCCGCCCUCGGCUGCUUCUUCGUCCUCUUCGUCUCUCGUCGCGCGAGACGCGCCCACACGGAAGGAGAAAGCCGGGCGGCGCGGCCGCUCCUCUCCGGAGCCGCAGGCCCUGGUGGAGGAGAGGCAGCUGCAGCCUGCGGACGUCUCGGUGCCGUCUGGGGGGGCGGCGGCGAGCGCGUUUGUGAGCUCGGCCGCUCACCAGGCCUCUUCGCUCUCGUGCUCGCCGGCACAGAGACUCCUCUUUUCGCCGCUGCUCACGGCGGAGGCGCUUUCGCUCUCCAACACCUGGGGUCUCGCGGAAAAUCUUUGCCUGCGGCAUGCCGCGCGGCGCCGCGCCGAGACUCCAGGCGCGACUGCCAACAAGGAAGUGGGUUUGGCAGAGAAGGGGCACGUCGCCUCCCCUGGGGAAGACUGCGCCGUCACCAAGUCGAGUCCGAGUUCGACUCGCCACGCACACGCGGCCCUGGAGGGCGUCAGGGAGGCGCAAAACUGGGCGGAAGGAGGCGAGCUGCAGCUAUCGGGGGCGCAGAGGCAUGGGGAAAGGGAGGCGAACGCGCAUCCCAAUGCGCAAGGCGGAGGCGCGGCGGAAGACGCCUCCCCGAGCACAGAAGGCGACGACGCGGAGAGAGAGCGAGUCGCCGCAGCGAGGACCGAGGAACACGCACUGGACGCAAGCGAAGACCUCGUUUUCCACGUGGAGGAAAACAAUCAGCUCGCGGGCUUGCUCAUAACGACGCAAGUCGUUUUGGAUCAGGGCGUUUCGUUCGGGUCGUUCCGCAACACUGGGCCCAGCAGCGCGUUGGAGGCGCUGUCGCCGGCGUUGCUGCUGCUGCAGGAGGAGAUUCCUCUCCACGAAGGAGACAUCGUGUCGCUCCGCGUGCGGCGCACUCUCGGGUCGGUCGCGCCCAGCGAAGGGGACAAGGAGGAGGGCCUCGGAAAGAGAGCAAGUGACGCGCGCCUCGGAGUCACAGAGGAGCCGCAGGCGGCAACUCCGUCGGCCCGCGACGAUGGAGAGAUCUCGCCUCAGGACCUUCAAGUCGCCGAGCGCAGCGGCGGCGAAAGGCGCCUAGAGGAAUCGGGAGCCGCGGGGGCCAGCGGCGCGGCGAAGAACGCGAUCCUUGAGCGGCUCACGGCCUCUUCUCUUCAGAGUGCUCCAUCCAGCGCGUCUGCGACGCCCCCCCCCCUCGCGUCCUCUUUGUGUACCUCUUCGCCCCACGCCUCGUUUUUUGAGCGCUUCUCGCGCGCGCUGCCCGCACUGCCUGCUGUCCCCGCGCCUCCAGCCUCGUUCGCCUCGCUACGGUUGACUUACGAAGUGUCGGGCUCGAUUCGCCGCGCGGUUCCGGCCGAGCUCGCGGCCGCGAGUCCUCGCUCGUUCUCUUCUCUCGGCGGGGGCCGCGUCGCCGGCGCGUCUGCCGCAGCUUCCACGCGGUCGCUUGGCGCCCGCGACGCGCACCCUCUCGCGCAAGCGCCCGCCGCGCCUGCAAAGAGUUCCUCCGCUGCGGCGGCGGUCGCUAAAGGCGCUGGGAGGCCUGCCGCCUCUGAAGACGCUUUCGGCGUCAGCGUGAGUCUGCGGCACCUGCACAUCAAGUGCUCGGCGUCGGAGGCCGCGAUGUCCGCGUGUAGCGCGAACGGAGGUGUCUCCGCGGUCGUCGCAGUCGCGGCGGAUGGCCUGGCGAUAGCGGCCGCGGCUGGGGCCUCCGGGCGCGCCCGGCGACACUCGUCCCGCCGGCGAGAACUCGAAAAGGCCCUCUGGCCUUCGCUCGGGGGCGCGUCCUCGAGUCUGCCUUCGCCGGGCUCGCCUCCCUCAGGGCCUUCUGUCCCCUCGGGCGCGGCGGCGUCGCCGGCUCACGCCUCCAGGGCCAGGCGCCGUCGCGACCGCGCGGGCGCGGGGAAGACUGGCGGCGGCCUGGACGGAGAGGCGCGAAAGCGAGCCGCGAGCGAAAGACGCGCCGCCGAAGAGAUCGCGGCGCCGCCGCGCAGAAGCAGAAAAAUGCACGCCGCCGCCUGCGAGACGCAGGAAGAAAACGCAGCGUGGCGCAGACGCAAGGAGACGGGCCCGAAAGAAGAGACGGCGACAGCGAGGAUCCGGUCUUCUUCGGAGAAGAGCGGCAUCCAGACGCAGAGAGCGUCUUCGCGGGCACGCAGCAGAGGCGUCAACGCGCAGAGGAACGGCGAAAGCGAGGACGCGCCCUCGAGCUCCGCGGGCUCAGCGAGCUCGGGGAGGCUUUCUCAGGCGUCUCGCGAGAGGCAUGCCUCUGGAGCGUCGUUUCGCCACGCAGCUUGCGACGACGAUGCGCCUCUUUCGAUGUCGCAGUCUGUCUCUCUGCUCGCUGCGGCGACCUGGGCGCGGCCUACUCUCCCUCCCCGGUCGCGGGUCCCCGUGUCUGCAUUUUCCGCUCGCGCCAGCCGCCGGCCCGACGCGGGCGCCGUGCCGCUCGCGCCGUCUGGCCUGGCGGAAGGCGCUCAGGCUCGCGCAAAGAGGAGGAAGGUCCGCGGGACCGUAGUUGGCGCGGAGUGGGCGCGAGCGCGCAAUGCGGCCGCGGUGGAAGAGCGCGGGAGAGCGGGGGCUUCCAGGUCCACCUUGUGCGUUGGAACACGCGCAGGCCGUGGGCGGGGAGGGGGGAGCGGGGAGGAGAGUGGUGAGCCGCCAGAAGAGACAACCGAGCGAGGCGGGACGGAGACUCCGCAGCAGCGGGUUCCUCAGCAGCUGGCGUGCGCCAUUCGCGGUGCAGAGUCUGCCUAA